AUGGAUGAUGCAGAUUCAAUUGAUUUAUCCGAUAAUGAUGAAUUUAUGCUUGAUGUUGAAAUAACAGCUGCUAAUGUUCAAGAUGCUAUUAAUAUGGCAUUAGCUGAAGAUGAUAACAGUAAUAGUAAUUUAGCAACUAAUAUUGAUUUACCACCAUUAUCUGAUGAAUUAAUUAAUUUUGAUGGAAAUAAAUUUGGUGAAGAAUUACUUUAUAAAAUAGAACAUGAUAAUAUUGAAAAAAUUUUAUAUCAACAUUGGAAAAUAUUUAUUCCACAAUGUUAUAUGUAUCAUACAAAUUUAAUCAAAGGUAUUAUUGAACAACGUACACAAGAAAUAAUUUUUCGACCACUUGAUAUAUUUUUAUAUGGAACAUUAAAUAUUGAUGAAGCUAUACAAACUAUUCGUUCAUAUAAUAAAAAACCAACUGUAUGUGGACGUUUAUUUAAAUCUGAAGAACCAACAUAUUUUUGUCGUGAUUGUUGUGUUGAUCCAACAUGUGUUCUAUGUACAGAUUGUUUUCUACAAAGUGAACAUCGAAAACAUCGAUAUAAAAUGAAUGUAUCAGCUGGUGGUGGUUAUUGUGAUUGUGGUGAUCCGGAAGCAUGGAAACAAUAUGUACAUUGUAAUUUACAUUUACCACAUGAUGAUAAUAAUGAAUCAGCUGAUGAUAUAGUUAAUCGUUUACCAUCUGAUUUACGUUUACGUGCAAAACGAUUAUUUAAUAUUUUAUUACGUUUUAUAAUUAAAUUACUUUGUACAGAAAAUUAUCAAGAUAUACCAAAUGAAUUAAAAAAUGAAUAUUGGGAUGGUGAUCAUAAAAAAUAUGUAACUAUUUUAUUUAAUGAUGAAGUUCAUACCUAUGAUCAAGUUAUACAUGUUCUUAGUCGUGCUAUACAAUGUACUAAACAAGAAGGUCAUGAAUUAGCAUCAUUAGUUGAUCGUGAAGGUCGUACAGCUAUACGUAUUGGUACAAUGGAACAAUGUCGUGAUGCUCAACAAACUAUACGUUUACGUACAGCUGAUGUACCACUUAAAUGUGAAAUUUAUCCAAGUUCAUUUAUAUCAUUACAAUAUUUUGCACAAAAACUUUUAUGUUAUUUACAAAAUAUUAUUGAAAUAUCAGAUGGUUUUCGUCGAAUAUUUUGUGAAUGUGAAAUUGAAACUGAUGAUGAAUUAGAUGUAACUCGAACAGAAAAAGCUUUAUUAAGUGAAAAAUUACUUUGGAAAAGUGCACGAUCAGGUUUACAUCAAAUAUUUAUUAAUAGUUUUUUUAUGGAUUCAGAAUGGAAGAAAACUUUUGCAAUUUUGUAUAUGAAAAAUUAUUCUACUGUUUGGCGAAAUUUUGUCAAAGAUCCAGACGAAUAUGUAUCAUUUACUGAUCUUUCUGUUCAAGUAUACACUGUACCUACACUGUGUUAUCCGAUGAUCGUACAACAUUAUCGAAAUGAUCUUUCAUUAGAUAAUCAUUCUGAUUGUUUUUUAAGAUUAUCUGUACAAUUAUUUACUACUCAAAGUCUUGCAAAAUAUUUAAUAUCAUCACAUAAUGCAUUUCAAAUAAUUGUUGAUUCAUUUCUUGAAUAUUGUCAAUCAAAACUUGAUCAUGGUAAACUUUUAUUUUCAAGAACAACAAUUGCAUCAGUACAACAUGAAUUUCGACGUGCACAAUCAAUUCUUUAUGAUUUAAAAUAUUUAUUAGGUGUUGUACCUCAAGAAUAUACAGUUGAACUUCGAGAAAAUUUUCUCAAUGGUUUUCGAGCAUUUCUUCAAUUUUUAAUUUAUAUGCAUGGUAUGGAUAAAGUUACACGACAAGUUGGACAACAUGUAGAAUUUGAUCCUGAAUGGGAAACAGCAUUUAAUUUAGUUAUUAAAAUUCAAUCAAUUAUUUCAUCCAUAUUAGAUUGGUGUGCACAAGAUGCAGAAUUAUUAUUUGGUGCAUAUGAAGCGACGGGUUUAGCAUUAUCAGAAAUACAAAAAACAAGUGAUAUAUCACAUUUAAUUAAAGAUAAAAAUAAUUCAUCAAUUGUUAAAACCACUGUAAAUGAUCUUAAAGUUGAUUGUUAUGCAUAUGAUGUUGCAAAAGAUCCUGUUUCAAUACAUAUUCCAGUUUGUGAACAAUUCAAAAUCUAUCCAUGUUUUGUAUACGAAGAAGCAUUACGUAUUCAAGUUCUGUGUGCUCAACAUGUUGCUGGUCAAUGGAAACGAAAUGGUUAUGCAUUAUCUAAUCAAAUUUUUUAUUAUUCAAAUGUUAAAUGUCGCAAAGAAAUGUAUGAUCGUGAUAUUCUUGCAUUACAAGUUGGUGCUUCAUUAACACCUUCUGAUACAUUUUUAAUUCAACUUAUGCAUAAAUUUAAUUUAUUAGAAUGGAUUCGAUCUCCUGAAUAUGGUCAUUCAUCUGAAACCGAAUCAAGAGUAAAAGAAAAAGUUCGUAUAAUGGAAGAAUUUCUACAUCUGUUAAUAAUUAUUAUUGGUGAACGACAUGAACCAGGUGUUGGAAAAGUAACACGUGAGGAAAAAUUAACACGAGAAGUUAUACAUCAAUUAUGUAUAUCACCAAUGGCACAUUCAGAAUUAAUACGAGGUUUACAAGACUGUGGACAAUUAGAAUUAGGAUCAGGAGAUUUCGAAGCUGUAUUGAAAGAUGUUGCCGAUUUUAAGAGAGGUAAUGCAACGAAAGGAAAUUAUGAAUUAAAAGCAAAUCGACUUUCGGAAUAUAAUCAAUUUUAUUAUCAUUAUUCAAAAGCUGAUCAAUGCAAAUCUGAGGAAUAUGUAAUUAAACGUCGAAAAUUAAACGAGGAUGCUAUAUCAACAACAUUAUUCAUCCCUUGUCCACCAUUAUUUACAGAAGCAUUUCACUCAAUAAUACAUAUUCUUGAUUGCAAUAUAUUUCUAACAUUACUUAAAGCUUGUCUUUAUCGAUCAACAGAUCCAAAAGCUCAACUAUGGUCUGAAGCUAUUCUUAAUCGAGCAUUGCAUUUAAUAACUUUAGCUUGUUAUGAACAAGAACGUGAAUUGAAUUUUGAAUUUUAUUCAAAAUUUCAAAAAAUUGAACUUGAUAAAUUAAUAAAUCAAUUGCAUUUAAAUACACCAUCAAAAGCAGAAACAUGCAAAGAAUUACUUGCUUAUGUUAUUAAACUCUAUAGUAAAUUUAAUGAAACAAAUGAACAAUUAAAUUCUUCAACAACAAUAAAUACUAAUCAAGAAACAUCAGAUUUAACUAAACGUGCUCAACGUAAACGAAAAGAUUUAGCUGCACAAAAACGUGCUAAAAUUAUUGCACAAAUGACUGAAUUACAAAAGAAUUUUAUUGAAAAAAAUAUUCAAUUAUGUUCAGAUAGUAUAGAUGAACCACAAAUAUCCACUGUAGAAUCAACAUCACAAGGAACAUAUUCACAAUUAUCAUCAAUGAUAAGUUCAUCGGAUCAACAAAUACUUUCAACAUCACCAACUACACCAUUAAAAUUUGAACCUAUGAUUAUUGAUGAUACAUAUCCAAUAAUACAAUGUUGUUUUGGUAGAACUGAUAUUGAAUUAUCUCAACCGAUAAAACAAAUUCUAACAUGUAUAUUUUGUCAAGAAAAUAGUGAAGUUAAACUUAAUUCAGAAGUUUUAGUAUUGUCAGCUUUUGUACAAAAUUCAAGAGUAUUAUCAAAAAAUCGUACACGACGUAUUGAAAAUUGGGAUACAUUUGAUCCAACAUUUAUGUCAAAUGAUCUUCAUUGGGGUGUACAUGUUUCAUCAUGUGGUCAUGCUAUUCAUGCUUCAUGUUGGACAAAAUAUCACAAUUCAAUAACAUCUCAAGAUCAUCGUCGAACAUUACGUAUGCGUGGUUCAGCUAAUUAUGAUACAGAACGAAAUGAAUUUCUUUGUCCAUUAUGUCAAACAUUAAGUAAUACAAUCAUACCAAUAUUACCAUCAUUACGUACAUUUACUCAUGAAAGAAAUUUAGCUCAAAUGUCAUUUAAUGAAUGGUUAGAUGGUUUAGAAAAAGCACUUAAUGGUAGUAUUGAAUCUCGAUAUGAAAUUGAUACACAUGAAGAACAAAUAUUUUUUAAUCCAUGUCCAUUAACAACAAUAACAAAAAUGAUGGCUGAACGUGCUGCACAAAAUUUUCAAUUAUUAUUUGGUUUUGCCGGAGAUUCAAGAAUACAAGAUUUUUCUGAUAGUCUUCGGGAACGUUUAAUCAAUUUUGCUAAAAAUAUCUAUGGAUUUGGAUUAAAUGUUGAUCCAGAUGAUGAUAAUGAUCGUAUUCCCAUUAUACUUUGGACAUCAUGUGCAUAUACAAUACAAUCAAUAGAACAAUUACUUCGUAUUGAUUCAAAAUCAAUAUUUUCACAAUUAUCAAUUCGACAAAGUGAAUUAAUUAAUUGUUUAACUAAAGUUGCGGCUGUUUAUGGUUCAUUACAUGAUAAUGAUAAAAUAAAAAAACAUUGUUUAAAAUUAUUAUCAGUUCUUCUGUUAUCACGAACAAAUAUUCAAAUACCAUCCGUAAUUGAUAUUGAUCUAUUUCAUCUUCUUGUUUCACUUUGUUUUACUUUACCAAUAUUAUUUUCAUCAAAUCAAACAGCAACAUCGUUAACAAAUGUUCCAACAGGAAAUCUUAAUGAUCUUUAUCUUGUACGACUUAUACUUAUGGCACAUUGUAUACAAAUUCUUUCAAGUCAAGGAUUUCUAUAUGAAAUCAAAAAUGAUAAUCAUCAACAUUCAAUAAUGAAACAUAAGAGUGUUGAUGAUGAUGUAGAAAAACAAACUAUUCAAAAAUUAAUCGAGAAAAUUAUUAAAAAUCAAACACCUCCGUCUUCUUCAGUUCAAUUAUUAUCUCUUGAUGAAAUUCGAGAUAAAUUAAAACAAUCUUUACUUCCAUUACUUCGAUGUACUGCUCUUUUCUAUCAUUAUUUAACUGGAACAUCAUGGCCAACAGAAUCAGGACUUGAUGAAUAUUCAACUAUAUGUCAUUAUCUUGGUUUACCAAUAUGUUUAUCAAAAUUACUUGAUACAGAAAAUGAACGUUUUUCAAAUGAUCUUAUUAAUAAUUGGAUAUCGACUUUAUCAACAAGUAAAUCAUUGAUUACAUAUCCAAUAUUAGUCAAUGAAUUACAUCCAUUACCUAAAGAAUAUAUUGAUCUUAUGAAUCAAGUAUCUCAAGGUGUUGCACCAUAUAAAUAUGCACGUGAUGAAGCUCGAUCACCAUGUAUAUGUUUAAUUUGUGGUGAUGUUGUUGUUCGUUCAUCAUCAUCAUCAUCAAUAACAACACCAAAUUUACUAACAACAAAUAGUUUAAUAUCAACAUUACUUAAUAUUGAUCAAACAACUGGUCCAUGUAAUCUUCAUACACAACAAUGUUGUGGUUCAAUAGGAAUUUAUUUACGUGUUAAAGAAUGUUCAUUACUUUUACUUAAUAUAAUUAAUGAUGGACGUAUUAAUAAAACACGUGGAACAUUUAUGCCUGCUCCUUAUUUAGAUGAUUAUGGUGAAACAGAUCAAAAUUUAAGACGUGGAAAUCCAUUACAUAUAUGUGAUGAACGAUAUCGUGUAUUAUAUCGACGAUGGUUAUCACAUGCUAUACCAGAAGAUAUUUCACGAAAUAUGGAAUUUAAUAAUACAUCGAUUUACGCACACAAUUGGAGUCAGUUUUGA